CAUUUGAGUGUGUCAAUAUGUUAACCAAAAAGAUGUAUCUUGUCGUAUGAAACAAACAAAAUCGUAAAUAAUAUUUUCAGCCGUCAGAAACAACGUGGUCAUUACAACAGCUAGGUGUCGGAAUCCAACUCAAUCUUACAGAUACUUUUAACCUGAAUUCUUUCCAGUCUGGAAAGACAAACAGAAAAAUAACGUGAAUUCUUAAAUAUAAAAACUCCAUAGUUAAAAACUCUAGUAUAAAAUGUCUAGCGACAGCAAUAGUGAUGUUGAUAUGAAAAUAACACCUCCCAAGAAACAACAACGUAAACGUUUACAAGAUUACCUAGAUGAAAAAGCUGCCCGAGAUGCCGCAGAACGAGCCGAGGCUGAACUAAAACGACGUCGCAGAAGUGGCUUGAAUGAUGAUGAUGAAGGAGAGGAAGUCAGUUAUCCGGUUAUCAACCCAAUCAACUUGAUUAAAAAUAAAGAGAUACGAUCUAAAAAAUUCAAAAGGUUGCAAGGUUCAAAGAAAAAAGAAGAAAAGGCCGCUAGAAAAGCAAGAAAACUUGAGGGAGGACCAAAAUCAAGUGGUCAUACAAUCGAAACUUUAAGAGAAAAAGAUCAAACUUCUUUGAAUAAUAUUGAUGAGGAUGACAAGGAUGAAAUCGCGAAUGAUUUGGAAAAUGACGAAUUCAAUGAAUUCUAUAAAAAGUGUUAUGAACCCAAAGUUUUAAUCACGUACAAUGCUACACCACACACGCGAACACGAAGAUUUGGUGCUGAACUAGAAAAAAUCAUACCCAACGCUAUGGUGCACUCAAGGAAUAAAGCAGCUUUGAAAAACGUAUGCAAAAGUGCAAUCCGCGAGGAUUAUACUGACCUUGUAGUAAUCAACGAAAACAACAAGCAACCUGAAGGAUUAUUAGUGAUACAUCUUCCUGACGGCCCCACAGCUCAUUUCAAAGUUAGUAAUUUUAAGUCUGUAAAAGACUUGAAAAAACGCCAAUCUACGAUUACAAGCCACAGACCGGAAGUAAUUCUAACAAAUUUUAGUACUCGGUUAGGUUUAACAAUCGGCCGAAUGCUCGGCGCAUUAUUUCAUUAUGAGCCAGAAUUCGUUGGACGUAGAGUGGCUACAUUUCACAAUCAACGAGAUUACAUAUUUUUCCGUCAUCAUCUGUACCAAUUUGACAAAAAUGGUAAACGAGUGAAAUUGCGCGAGUUGGGACCUCGGUUCACGCUGAAAUUACGUUCGUUGCAGCAGGGGCUGUUCGAUAGCAAAUGCGGUGAUUAUGAAUGGAUGAUUACCAACAAACGUCACCAGAUGGAAGGAAGAAGACGAUUCUUCCUUUAGAUUCAUGUUCUAGAUUUAAGCAAAAAAUAGUAUAAUAAAAGCAAAUACAACAUCCUA